CCUCCACAUCGUUUAACAUAAUUUGAGUAGCUUCAGGUAGCUGAGCCUUUCUUUCUGUCCCGUGAGCGCCUAUUCAGUAAAGUUUUCCCUGCAAUCACCUUCUUGCUCCUAAUAUAUAGUGCAAAAUGUUAGCUCUCUUUGUGCUCUUGCUCUGCAUGACAUCUUCAUUUUCUGCUUCUAAUAGAGGUGCUGGUGCUGCUGGACCCAGGCUGAACAAUGACCGGUUGUACAAAUUCAGCUACACCACGGAGGUGCUGGUGGACAGGGCCAAGGGGUCAAAAGAUGGCAGUGCUGGCUAUAGGAUCUCCAGUGACGUGGAUGUCAAUUUAGUGUGGAGAGACCCCAGCAGCAAGGACGACCAGCUCAUACAACUGGUGAUCUCAAAUGUGAAGAUAAAAAAUGUGGCCCCACGCUCAGCCAAGAAGAACAUAUUCCAGGGCGCAACAACGCAAAGCCUUCUCGGAGAGAAGAAGCUGGCAGCACUGGAAAGGCCGUUCAUGGUGCACCUGAAAAACGGAAAGGUGAGCAGCUUUUACUGCUAUAAGGCGGAGCCUGCUUCCAUUAAGAACUUGAAGAGGGGUGUGGCCAGCCUGCUACAGGUGCAAUGCAGAUCUGGGAAGGUCAUAGAGAAUGACGUGUCCGGGAGGUGUACGGUAGAGUAUAAGGCUGCCCAGGGCCAGGUGACAAGGACCAAGGCUUUGGAGACCUGCAAGACCGCAGAGACCGGCUUCACCACCUACAUUCAGGUCCUGGGCGUGAGUGGGGAGUCCAGCUCUGUCACUGUUUUCACCCUGGAGGAUGGCUUCAUUAAGUCAGCCAUAGCCAAGGAGACUCACAUCUUAGCAGUCAAUGCACGCCGCACCACCGCUGCUAAAAUAGUGUCCAGGCAAAGCUUGAUGCUGGUAGCAAUUGAGGCUGGGCCGUUUGAGGCUGCGGGGAAGAAUGUCGCCAGUGUUGUCAAAUCACUUGAUGAGAAAUUGUUUGCUGUUGGUGUGGCAGCUGAGAAGGUCAAAUCCCAAUGCAAGGGCUGUCAAUCGCUGUUUGAGCACUGGCAAGCAGUCCAGAAGCAGUUUGAACCAGAUAGCUUGUCUAAGGCCAUCGCUCCCCGAAGCUUCCUGGCUCUCAUCCAGAGCAUAAGGAAAGCCUCCAAGGACGAGAUCCUCCAAGUGCUGAAGCGUUCCAGCAAGACUGCCUUACCUCAGGUGGUGGACGCCGUGACCUCGUCCCAGACGCCCGAUUCCUUGGACGCCAUGCUGCAGUUCCUCAACUUUGCCGACCCCAAAGGCCUGGUUCUGCAGGAGAGGUUCCUGUAUGCCUGCGGCUUUGCCUCGCACCCCAACGAGAGAAUGCUCCAGGCUUUGGUGGACAUUUCAAAGGGCAAGAUUGGCAGUAAAGACAUCAAAGAAUCGGUGGUGAUCAUCAUGGGUGCCAUUGUGCACAAACUCUGUCAAAAAGGAGGUUGCGAGCUCCCAACUGUGGUUGAGGUGAAGAAGAUGAUUCUGGAAGGUCCCGACAGUACGCAGGUGGAGUCAGACAUUCAGAUGUACCUGCUAGCGCUGAAGAACUCCCUGCUGCCCGAGGCCAUUCCCCUGUUUUCCAAAUAUGCUGAGUCGGAGGUCGGGGCAUACUGCACCAUCUCCCUCACAGCCCUGCAGAGAUAUGACGUCGCCCUCAUCUCAGAUGAGGUGAAGCAGACAGUGAACCGAGUGUACCACCAGAACCGCCGGGUCUACGAGAAGAAUGUGAGGGCAGCAGCCGCGGAUGUCGUCUUUAGCAGCAACCCCUCAUACAUGGAGGUGAAGAAUGUGCUCCUGUCCAUCGGAAACCUUCCCAAAGAGUUGAACAAGUACAUGCUUUCCAAGGUCAAGGACAUCCUCCAUUUUGAAAUGCCUGCCAGCAAAAUUCUACGGCAAGCCAUGAAGGACAUGAUCUCCCACAACUAUGACCGCUUCUCCAAGGUUGGGUCAUCCUCUGCUUUCUCUGGCUUCAUGGCACGUACCGCUGAUGCCACUACCACCUACAGUCUGGACAUUCUGUACUCUGGCUCUGGGGUCCUCAGGAGGAGCAACAUGAACAUCUACGGAGCCAGUAAUGGCGCCCUGCUACAUGGCCUCCAGGUGGCAAUUGAGGCCCAAGGCAUGGAGUCCCUGAUCGCGGCCAAGCCGGACGAAGGCGAGGAGGACCUGGAGUCCUUCGCUGGGAUGUCGGCUCUGCUUUUCGACGUCCAGCUGCGGCCUGUGACCUUCUUCAAGGGCUACAGUGACCUCAUGUCCAAGAUGUUCUCCAUGUCCGGCGAGCCCAUGAACGUGGUAAAGGGCCUGAUCCUGCUCACUGACCACUCUCAGGUCAUCCAGCUUCAGUCUGGGAUGAAGGCCAAUGCCGAGUUCCAGGGUGGCUUGGCCAUCGACAUCUCAGGAGGCAUGGAGGUCAGCCUGUGGUACAGGGAGUCAAAGACCAGUGUCAACAACAGGGGAGCCAUGGUGGUGACUGGGAAUGUGACCGUGGACAUGGACUUUGUGCGCACUGGGAUGGAGGUGAGCUUUGAGACAGAGGCGUCUCUAGACUUUAUCACCACGGUCCAGUUCUCGGAGUACCCUUUCCUGGUGUGCAUGCAGAUGGACAAGACCACCUUCCCCUUCAGUGAGUCCCUAACAAAAUACGAGAGCCUGCCAUCGGGGAAGAGCUACGUGUCACGCAGGGGCCACAAGCAGCUGUUGCCAGGCUCAGAGUUCCCUCUCCACCAGGAGAACUCCAACAUGUGCAAGAGGGUGUUUGACUCAGACUGGUAGUCUUCUCCAGGUCAAUCCAUCGGUAAGAAGAUGGAAGAUCUUUUGCAGAGUGUAGAGAGAUCAAAAACUCUAUUUUGUUAUUACGUCACAGUGUAAACAGUGUGUUGUAUGAGGCGGAUAAAUGGAUGCUAGCUAGCUAAGAUAUGACCAUUGUAAAAUGUGUGCCUUUUUUGUUGAUCUGAUUGGAAAAUGGGACAAUUUUUUCACCGCUUUACGUCUGAGUUCAGUUUACUGAAAAAUUGCUAACUAGAGGCUAACUUGUUAGCUGUUUACUACUAUUUAUCUCCCUUUCGAUCCCACAACACAAUGCGUUAUUUACAGUGUGACAAUAGUGGAAUAAGGUUAUUCUUUUAAUGAGUCCUACUUGAAAUUCUGUCUGGAGAGUUAUUUAUUAUUAUUUUUUAAAGCUAUCCAGGAACACCUACUGUAUCGCACCACAGGCGAAAAACAUGAAAUUGAUUUUUUUUUUUAUUAUUUUUUAUUAUAUUUU